AUGGAAAAGAUAAAAAUAAUUUUUAGUGAGGACUUAAAAGGAAGCAAAAUUUACGAGGCUUUAAAAUUGUUUUUAAAAAAUGAGGAAGAGAAUGAUAAGAACGAUACAAAAUACAGCGAAAUGCUAAAUUUUGAAAAUUUUGAAAUAGAUGAACAUCCAACCUUUUUUGACAACACGUGUUUUAUUUAUACAAAUUAUCCGUAUAAAUCCCACUUCGCGUUGAUUAACGAAAAGAGAAAAGAAAUUAUUAAUAAUAUUUGCAACAAUAGCAGUAAUCGUAGUAUUACUAACAAUUGUAAUAGAAGCAGCAAUUGUAAUAGUAGCAGCAAUUGUAAUAGUAGCAGCAAUUGUAAUAGUAGCAGCAAUUGUAAUAGUAGCAGCAAUUGCAACAUCGGUAAUAAAUGGAAUAAUAAGUAUAAUAAUAAUGGCCUAGGCCCUUAUGAAAACAACGAUAUCACUUGUUCAGAAGAAGACCUCACUAAAUUUGAUGAGAAAUAUUCCUUUCUCGCUUUAAUAUUAUUAAUUAUUGAUGAAAAUUAUUUAGAGUAUCAAUACAAUAAUGAAAAGGAAAACAUAUUUUUUAAAAUAGAAAAGUUACAAAAAGAGUACAUAAAUGUAAGAAUUCUAUGUAUAUUUAUUGGUAUUCGAGAAAUUUUAAAUAGAACAGAUUAUAAUGAGCAAAAUAAAAAAAUGCAAAAGAAAAAUAAGAAUGAAGAUAUAAUAAUUAAUAAUAAAGAUUUCGAUAGCCUCAUUGCGGCAUUACUAAUACGUUAUCAUGUGGAUGCAGUAGAAAUGGAAAACACCAUUAAUUUACAUAAAUAUAUAUUUAAAUGUUGUAAAUAUUUGUAUCAAUCGAAAAUAAGAAAACUGAAUUCCUUUUUCAAAGUUAAACCAACAGGUAUGAAGAAUAAUUUGAAAAAUACUAACCAUAAUGAAAAUAAAAAUUAUUCUACAUGGACAUCUCAGUUAAUGCAAAUAAGCGGUAUAUCUGAAGACAUUUCCAUAAAAAUAGCUGAAGUGUUCAGUACACCCUUUGAUUUGAUUAUGCAUUUUAAAAAAAUAAAUGAUGAAGAGUGCUUAAAAGAUUUAGUUGUAAGCUCCUCCUACGGGGAUAGAAAGUUAGGUAAAGCUCUCUCAAGAAAAAUUUAUAGGGUGUUUUCACCUUAUGCGAUGCCUGACAAUUUUGUUUCAUAG